AUGACUUCGGCCAACGACUACGAGCAGCUGGACCUGCCGCAGCAGUACAGCCGCAUUGUCCGCUGGGACGCGUCCGAUGAUGAGCUGGACAACGACAACAGCUCGGCGCGGCUCUUCGAGCGCUCCCGCAUCAAAGCCCUGGCAGAUGAGCGGGAAGCUGUGCAGAAGAAAACCUUCACCAAGUGGGUGAACUCGCACCUGGCUCGUGUCACCUGCCGCAUCUCGGACCUCUACAUGGACCUCCGGGAUGGGCGGGUGCUUAUCAAGCUGCUGGAGGUGCUGUCAGGAGAGCUUCUGCCCAAGCCCACCAAGGGCCGGAUGCGGAUCCACUGCCUGGAGAAUGUGGACAAGGCACUGCAGUUCCUGAAGGAGCAGAGGGUGCACCUGGAGAACAUGGGUUCCCAUGACAUUGUGGAUGGCAAUCACCGCCUCGUCCUCGGCCUCAUCUGGACCAUCAUCCUCCGCUUCCAGAUCCAGGACAUCAUUAUAGAGGAGGGCCGGGAGACGCGCUCUGCCAGGGACGCUCUGCUGCUCUGGUGCCAGAUGAAGACAGCAGGGUACCCCCAUGUGAAUGUCACCAACUUCACCUCGAGCUGGAAGGAUGGGCUGGCCUUCAAUGCUCUCAUCCACAGGCACAGGCCUGAGCUGUUUGACUUCCAAAACUUGACCAAAUCCAAUGCCCGGCACAACCUGGAACAUGCAUUCAGUGUGGCAGAGAGGCACUUGGGCAUCACCCCGCUCCUCGACCCUGAAGAUGUGUUCACGGAGAACCCUGAUGAGAAGUCCAUCAUCACCUACGUGGUGGCCUUCUACCAUUACUUCUCCAAGAUGAAAGUGCUGGAGGUGGAGGGAAGGCGUCUGGGCAAGGUCAUCGAGCAUGCCAAGGAGACAGAGAGGAUGAUUGAGGGCUAUGGAGGGUUGGCGUCCGAUCUGCUCACCUGGAUCGAGCAGACCAUCGCUUCCCUCAAUAGUCGCAGCUUCGCCAACUCACUGUCUGGGGUGCAGCACCAGCUGCAAGCCUUCAGCACCUACCGCACUGUGGAGAAGCCCCCCAAGUUUCAGGAGAAGGGCAACCUGGAGGUGCUGCUCUUCACCAUCCAGUCAAGAAUGAGAGCCAACAACCAGCGUGUCUACACCCCUCACGAGGGACGCCUGGUUUCCGACAUCAACCGGGCUUGGGAGCAGCUGGAGAAAGCAGAGCAUGAGCGGGAGCUGGCACUGCGCAAUGAGCUGAUCCGUCAGGAGAAGCUGGAGCAGCUGGCACGACGCUUUGACCGCAAAGCAGCCAUGCGGGAGGCCUGGCUGAGCGAGAACCAGCGCCUGGUGGCCCAGGACAACUUCGGGCAGGACCUGGCGGCAGUAGAGGCAGCCAAGAAGAAACAUGAGGCCAUUGAAACAGACACGGCUGCCUACAGAGAACGGGUGCAGGCCAUUGAGGCAGUGGCCAGGGAGCUGGAGCUGGAGGGCUACCAUGACAUCCAGCGCAUCAAUGCACGCAAGGACAACAUCCUGCGGCUCUGGGAGCAGCUCCUGGAGCUGUUGGCUGCCCGACGCCAGCGUCUGGAGAUGAACCUCACACUGCAGCACCUCUUCCAGGAGAUGCUCCAUUGCAUUGACUGGAUGGAUGAAGUCAAGGUGCAACUGGCAUCACAAGAAUCUGGGAAGCACCUUCUGGAAGUGGAGGAGCUGCUGCAGACCCACCGGCUGCUGGAGACCGACAUGGCUGUACAGGCAGAGAAGACCCGUGCCAUCAGCACCGCCGCCCUCCGCUUUGCCGAAACCGAGGGCUACCGUCCCAAAAAACGGGCUACCGGCGACCCCAAAAUCAUCCGGGACCGUGUGAGCCACCUGGAGAUGUGCUGGCGGGAGCUGCAGCGGCUGGCGUCGCAGAGGAGAGACUUGCUGGAGCAA